UUUCCCCUCCGAGUCAACAUGACCAAAAUGGCUUCACUCCUUCGCAACCUCUCGUAUCGCUUCACGCCUACACCCUCGUCCGAGUUCAGAAAGGCAAAGAACGCAGACUCUCUGUUUACAAAGACGGAUCCCGCUGUCGACGGCGACGAUUGUCUGCACGAUUGCGAAUCAUGUUCGGUCAAAUACCCCCGCAAGUUCGAGAUUGAUGAAGACGACAAGCUCUAUGGACACAUCAAUGGCUGGAACACUCAUCUGAUUGUCGCCACUGGAAAGAAUGACUGGGUACGCGAUGUCGCCGACGAGAAGGGCAGCGUCAUGGAGGCUGUAGCAAGAACAGAAGAGCCCACCAAUGGCAAGAUGAUGCUCUCGGCUUCCAACAUGCCUAUUCCUCACACUUCGCAUUCAGACCCUGAUGGCCAGGUCCGCACAACCGUCUUGCUUCUUCCCGCCUUCAAAUUCAUCGACAAUGUUACUCCCGCCGCUGUGCCAGACCUCAUUCAACGUUGCGUCAGUACCGCUCCAACCAACACCACCCCCCUGGCCGAUCCUGCUUCGGAAAACGCUCUUACCACGACACCUCCGCCAUCAGGCUUGGACAUGAGAGACUGCCCUCACAACUACCUGAUCCUGUUGUGUUCUCACGCAACCAGAGAUGCUAGAUGCGGUCAAUCCGCUCCACUACUCAAANAGGAGUUUGAAAGACACCUGCGACCUCUGGGCCUGGCCCGUGACUUUGACGACGAACGUCCAGGAGGUGUUGGAAUCUACUUCAUCAAUCACGUUGGCGGCCACAAAUACUCGGCAAAUGUCCUGAUUUACAGAAGACGCCUGACCCCCGACGGCAAGCCCCUGAACGAGGCCGCACAGUGCAUAUGGCUGGCCAGAAUCAAGCCCCAGGACUGCGAGAACCUCGUUCGUUAUACCAUCCUCCAAGGCAAAGUGGUCAAACCUGGACAACAGCUUCGAGGAGGUUUCGACCGUUCGACUCAAUUGACCAGCUGGUAG